CUUCCGUUGUGACUUUUUUCUCUUUGCAUCCUUUUAUUUUCGCAGUGAGUAACUUUUUUUUCCAUCGCUACUUUUUUGUUUUUUUUUGCAUUGUAAACUGCCAUUGUGGAUUUUUUUAUCUGCACUGUUUCUUUUUUUUAUUUGCAGCGGGCUGUGGUUUCUUUUCUUUUCUUUUUUGUUUUUUUGCAUCAGUAACUUCCGUUGUAACUUUUUUUUUUAUUCUUUUUUUAUUUGCAGCGAUGGCAGUUCUCAGCCACUGUACUUAUGAAUCCAGGAGCUGCUUAUUUGCACAGUUUCAACCAAAAACACCAGAUUUAGACACACAUCAACUCAAAACAGGGGUGCUGUAGGCCCUACAUGAACCAGGUAAGAUUAUCUUUAUACUUUUAUAUUAUUAGGCUAAAUAUGUAAGUAACAUGACAUCAUUUAAAAUGUCAGUGUUGUGGAUUUUAAAAAGUUAUAGAUAGACUAUUAGUUGAACAUUUCUGAGUCAUCCUCUGAAAGUAGGUUUAAAGAGGAAAAUGAAGGUGAACAAAGCUGCAAAAAAACAAACAAACAAAAAAACAGAGCUGAUGCUGCACCUUGACAUUUGGAGAAAUAAAACAUAAUUAAUUUAUUAAUUUAUUAUAUUUAUUUAUUUAUUUACUUACUUGCUCAGCUAUUUACUUUUUCUGUUUCCCGGACAGUCGGUGCCGUUUCUAUGGAAACAGCAGCACCUGCCAUGACUUGCUAAACUCGUUGAAAACUGCUAUAGCGGAAAGAAAUGACGUUAAAUUACAUUUUCAGCGAAACAAAAUAAGACUGACUGUACCAUACAUCUUAUAGCAUAUUCCCACAAAGCGUUGACCACCAAACAGGACUAUUUCAAUAAAAACAGAUCGGCGUUCAUCCAGACAUUGCAGUGAGUUCUCUGUUUUUCGAUGCCCCCUGAAGGCGACAUAGACUCCUCCCCAACGGGUCAGAGCGGGAAGUUCGGAUACUCUUCCUGUUGAGUUCAAUACAGCAGAUGUUUCUAUCAUAUUCAGAAAAUAAGUCACUUUUAAGGCAUUUUAACUGGUGAGUUUGUGUCCACGCUAACAAACUAGCCAACAGACAGCGACAUUAAGUUAUAAUGUUUACAAAGUGACCGUCUGGAAACACUUGGAAGCUAGCUUCGGGUUGGAGGUGCAUUUAAGCUUUGAACAAACAGCUUGGAUAGUCUCGACUGCAGUUUUUCUACAUUAUCUAACUCCUGCUUGUUUGUUUUAAUGACUGUAGGGUCUAUGUAGCACCAUGUCCGGUCACACUGAGGAGAGGAGCAGCUCUGCACCCAAGAGCUUCGGACAGGUAUGCAUAAAGAAAAAAACCCACCACCUCACCUCCAUCUUUAACUCUGCUGCAGCUUGUGUUCCUGAUUUUACUCUGUGUUAUCCUUGGUAAUGAAAUCCUGGGUGCAGUGGCGUACUCAGGUUGUUUGGGGGACGAUGACAACAAAUACAAAGGGCACCAGGGUGCAGGAAGUUGUGCCUUUAGCCUGCCUGAUUGGAAAAGCGGUUAUUUAUUGAUUUAUUUUUGCAGAGGGUAGCCCAGAAUUUACAGAGCUGUAACAGUUCUUCUAACUUCUGAUAUCUACCAUUGUAUAUCAAGGACACAUGGUGUUACUCACAUAAACAAACACAGUUUUAACACCAAUGAGUUCCCUCAGAAAAGUUGGACCGGCAUUUGUAUUUCUGAGUCUUUUUGUUGGAGAAGUACCUCUCUGGAAGGCUGGUGCAUGCCUCAGACUUUUCCCGAAAUAAAUGACCUGACUAACUUCAAGUUUUUGAAGUAUCAGGGGAUUUUGCAUGGUUAUUUCCUCACAGCUGUUGUUCCUUUCCUCAUGUGAUUGUAUGAUGUUUAAACCUUGGGGGGUUCGAACUCUGAAUUUAACACUUUUAUGGCUGCUCUAGUUCAACAAGAUCUUGAGAGAACUUAGUUUGAGAUUCAACUUGGAGAGUGGGGUAAGAUGAGCCAUUUUUCAUAUUUCCGAUCACUACAUCAAGGCAAUCAUAGUUUUGUCUCUACCUAGUGUAUCUGCAUUUAUUUCAAGAUGUUGUGCAUCCCUGCAAACCAACAGAAUGAGUGUAAACAUAACUGUCUUGAUAAUAUAGCAUGCCAAAAAAAGUGGUCACCUAUGGUCAACUUACCCCAUGUAUGGAGUAAGUUAACCAUAGGAGCAGGGUAAGUUGAACCAUAUCCCUACUACCCCCCCACUCUCCAGCCCAGCCCUCCCUCACCUUCUCUCUCCCUCAAUCACAGUCACUUCUUCACAUUCAUGUGUAUUUUUAUCUAUUAUACACUAUUCAACUGGUACAAUAAUUCUCUUCCUUAUUAUUGCAUAUAACUGAUAAAAAGCUGUUUUGUAAAAAGUCAUUUUAACAUGAGAAUGUCUUUAAGUGACUCAGAACAUUCACAGCUGUAUUUCUAAAAAGAAAAAGUAACACAUUUCAACAAUCUGAACUGAAACUCUGAUCCUCUCAUCAGACUCCUUUACUUUCUCAGUUGAGCUCAACUUACCCCAGAACUACUAUUGUGACUUUAUUAGUCCUCCAAGCUAAAAUGGUGGACUUUUAUGCUCAGUUUUUGACCUCAUGUUGUAGCUCAUAGAUACCACAAUUGAUGUAUAAAACACAUUUAAAAUGAUCUUUUUUGUUCUGGACACAAUUCUAAUAAGACUUAUGACAGAAUAAAUUCACUUUCAAGAGUGAAAAGGUUUUUUGUAAAUAAAUGUCUAACCUCUUCAUCCAUGAGCUUCUAACCUUCACAGACUCCAUGAAUUGAUGUCCAUCUCCUAAAUAUUUGGUCACAUGAUCAAUUUCUUUUACUAUUUUCAAGCAACAGGGGGUGGCUCAACUUAACCUUUGGCUCAACUUACCCCACUCUCCCUUACUUUGCUUUUGGGAUCUCUACUUGAAUUCUAAGUGAAUGGUGCAGACUUCUACAGCGUGUGAUUGGCUGCAAAUAAAGCUUGUGCUUUUACUUAUGAGAUUAAAAUUGUUUGGAGAAAAUCGCUCCAAAUUUUCAAUACUUUGAACAGCUUUGUCUAAGUACCCUCGCCCUACAUUUACCAGUGUUAUAUAACCUUGAGGUCGUGGAGAUGAUUUUUGGCUUUCUACUGUUUGAUUAACAAAUAUGUGAAGUACAACGGUCUAAAGUCUGACAUCUUUUGAGUGCAAAAGUUUGUCCCUAGGUACUUGGUUGCAGUCCUAGUUUUUCCUACGCGUACAACCCAUAUGCAAUCUUCUGAUUUGCAAGUUGAGUAAGCAAGACACAUAAUGUAUAAUAUACAACGAAAUCAGCUGUAGAGAUAAAGAUCACAUUUAUAGUUCUGUGUCCAUGAAACAGGAGGGACAGUGUGGCUUAUUUUGAGCUCAACUGAUCAAAAAUCUGUCAUAAUUAGCAGAAAAAAAAAACCAUCCAUGCGUUCUGCCUUUCCUAACUGGACUGUGUUUCUCAGUGUGCGUACACAGCUGAGGAGUACCAGGCAGUGCACAAUGCUCUGCAGCAGAGGCUGGGACCAGAGUACAUCAGUACCAGAGUGGCAGGAGGAGGACAGAAGGCAAGUCUUUGUUUGUAUCUCUGCCUUUGUUUUCUGCACAGCUGUGGCGCCGUUUUCAAGUUGACAGUAGAAAUUCUGCAAAUCAUCAAAAUUUGAUGUGUUUCUUUUAACAUGAUUUUGGGCUUCAUUAUCCUUGAGUGAACGCAUUAAUGUGAAAUAGUUUCUAAAUACUUACCUCAUAAGGUAAAGCAAUAUGUUGUUGCUCUGGGGAUGAAAUUUUACCUAAAUUUGCUUGACUGUUCAUUUGACAAAUCCAUAUGAUCUGCUCUCCCUGUUCUGUCUGCACGUGCUUGGCCUCUUGCAGGUGUGCUAUGUAGAGGGACAUCGUGUGAUCAGCCUUGCUAAUGAGAUGUUUGGAUACAACGGAUGGUCUCACUCCAUCUCGCAGCAGAAUGUUGGUACGACAGAUGGAGCUCUUUCUUAAAUCUGUUGAAGUAAAAUUGCUAUCACUGUCAGAUAACACCGUGUUUCUAACUCAUCAGAUUUUGUUGAUCUCAUCAACGGGAAGUUCUACGUUGGAGUCAGUGCGUUUAUCAAAGUGCAGUUAAAGGUCGGAUGUAGAUUUCAUUUUCACGAUAAUGAUAACUUUCACAUUGUGUCUGUCCUUCCGUGUACAUCACCUUCUGCUGCUUAUUUUGUGUGCACACUCUUGUGUCUAAUGCUUACUCUGUGAGCAGGACGGAGCGUAUCAUGAGGAUGUAGGGUACGGAGUCAGUGAAGGACUGAAGUCUAAAGCUCUGUCACUGGAAAAAGCCAGAAAGGAAGCAGUCACAGAUGGCAUGAAGAGAGCCCUGAAGUACGGAAACUGUGUUUUUAUGUUUAUCUAACCAGUCUGCCAACCAAGACGAAUACAGUAUGUGUUGCUCAAUCAACACUGAUGCAAAACUUAUUCUCAUACUCUGUGUGUGUGUGUGUGUGUGUGUGUGUGUGUGUGUGUGUGUGUGUGUGUGUGUGUGUGUGUGUGUGUGUGUGUGUGUGUGUGUGUGUGUGUGUGUGUAUUAAGGUGCUUUGGAAAUGCCCUUGGAAACUGCAUCCUGGAUAAGGGGUACCUAAUAGCCAUCAACAAGAUCCCCAAACAGGUCAGACACUGAAUGUAAACUUUAAGAUUUUUGUGUUUCUUUUUUAGACAAAAAUGAUGGGGUUGAUCAAUACUGUUUCUUCUCCACUAAAGCCCCCUCCUCCUCUGGAUCCUGCUCGGACCAAGCGCUCAGAAGGCGAGCCAUCAGUGGAGAAGGCUCGCUUCUCUAGUUUAGUCCAGGAGGAGAAACCUGUAUCUGCAGGAGGUGCUGGCAGGAUGCCACUGGAACGUAAAGUUUUGAACCAGGGCUGUUUGGAGGUUCACACCCCUGAUGCUGUGGAUCCUCCUGCCUGUCGGGAGUGGGAAAACGCUGGUAGCAGGUUAACAGCAGUUAAUCUAGUUUCUGUUUUUUAGGACUAUUCCACUGAGCUGCAUUGAAAUCUACAGAAGAAAAACAAGUCUUAUGUUUCCCUGGUUUCCUCUCUAAAGACCUGUCACUGACACGGUGGAUGCUGUUGGGUCCGCGAGGAACUCAGACCCCAAACACCUGAGAAAGCUUCGACAGCAGCAGCUUCAGGAGAAGUUCAGGAGGGAGAUGGAGGCCAAGAGGAUGCAGCAGAAACAGGAUCAAGCCAAGUCUGAGAACACAGAGGUUGCUAUUGGACCAGGAACCAGCGGAGGUAAGAGGUUCAGGAUCAGAGCUGAGGUCUCACAUUUAAAUUGACAGAUUUGUUUUUGAUCUUUUGUGCUUUUUUUAAACUCUGAUCUCUGCAUUUCUUUCUUGUAUAAACAGUGACACUUAAAGGGAUAUUCCGGCGUAAAAUUAAGUGAGGGUUAAACAUACCGUAACACCGAGUUAGAAACCCUGUCGAGAGAUUAAUGUUGCCGACCGCUUGCUUCUCUAGUUAUACCAACUUUAGUAAAGACCGCAGAUAGCAAUACAGAGAGCCAUGCGCUCAACCAAAAUGCCCCUCUAUAACCACAAAUAAUGCUCAGAGGUCUCUGUAAAAACAAACAGCUGCUGGAAGAGAGAGGGUGAGUUGUGUUUAGUCUCUUUGCUAAAGAAAUUAGGCAAAGUUAAAAAGAUGUUUAGUGGUUAGUGCUGUGGCUGGGACCCUAUAUGUACUGUUGAUGAAGUUCCGUGCCGUUCUGAGCAUUAUUUGUGGCUUUAGAGGUGUUUUGGUUAAACGCGUGGCUCUGUGUAUUGCUAUCGUGCGGUCAUUACUAAAGUUGGUUUAACUAGAGAAGCAAGCGGUCGGCAACAUUCAUCUCUCGAUAGGGUGUAUAACUUGGUGUUACGAUGUGUUUGACCCUAAAUUAAUUUUAUGACAGAAUAUCCCUUUAAUAUAUUUUGUGGCGUAGGAAAUUUUAUACUCAAGUUUUGCAAAGUUAUCAGAAUAUUACUCCUAAAAAUCCUCACAAAUGCAUACUUCACUCACUGGCCAGAGGACUCUGGCUAAUUUAUACAAUGGAAACUUAUUGUCUGAAGGAUUAGUGCUGUUGUUUUUAAAUCUGAUGUUUAAUCAGUUUGAGGUAUCCAUUCCUCUAGGUCAUGAAGGUGCCCCGUCAUUCAGUGACAGCUGCUCAGGGGAUCACAAGAAGUCCAGCGGCAGGGAGGAGCAUUUAGCAGGUGCUUGAUUCCGCCAGCAGAGGGCUCUGCUCAUGUCAUCAUGGUGAAGACAGCAGCAUCUUUUCACCUUGUUGCAGCCAGCAUAGCUCAGUAUGUCUGUCCUUGCAGAUGAUCCUGAGCUCUGGGAUUCGGUUCUCGAUGGGAUCGAGGAGCUGGGUGAUGACCCCCCCUCUAGAACGCUCAGACCGAGCACACCUGGAAAUCACCAGAUGCAAACUCGCAGUAAAACUCCUCAGAGACACAUGAAUAGACCACCAGAGGCUCCAUCAUACAACACAGGACAGAAUAUAGCUCAGUCCAGACCUCAUUAUCAAAAUCAAUACCAGUACCAGUCCAGACCAGGUGAGGUCCUUUUUAAAGAGUCGCUUUUAAAGGUUGUUGACUAAAUUCCUCUGAUCUUCAAUUUUCUUUUUCCUGUUUCAGGUGAAGCUUUAAGUCCUUACAGAGCAGGACAGCACAUGAAGAAACGCAGACUGGACACCUGAGAUUAGAUAACCGACGCCUUCCUCUGCACUGUUACAAAUCAGAUACAUCACUUUUGUUUUAAUUUAUGACUUUAAAAUCAAUUUUGAUUGAUUUGCUUUUAAUAUUUGGAGAAAUGUUUACUGAUUUCAUAAAAUAAACCGCAAACAACCACAUCGGUCUGUUAGGUACAUGUUGAUAAUAUGUGGAAAUGCAGAUGUUAUUGAACCUCAUUUGUAAAUAUCUCCUAUUAAAACAGACCAAGAGCAGGACAAAUGCUUAAAUUGAUAUUACUUUUUAUUUGUUUUUACAUUUUGUACAAUGUGAAAAACAUACACAAAACAGACAGAAUCACAGGAGAUCAGUAAGGAGGGAUCAGAAGUAAGAGUUGAACAGAUACUAUCACUGUGUGUUUGUGUGUGUCAGUUGUGUGUAGAGGCCUGUGAUUUACUGAUAAACACAUAGACCAUAAGCUUUGUCGAGCUUGUGCUGUACAGUGGCCAGUUGUGAGCUGGUUGCCAUUUGUAAGAUUAAACAUCAGUGAAGCCGGCAUGCAGAAACCAUAAGCAGAUAAUCUGAUAUUGAAGUUGUGUGAUAUUGUUAAAUGGCAGCUAAACAGAUCAACACUUGGGAUGACUCAGAAAGGCAAAGAUUUAAAAAAAAAAAAAAAAGAUGUCUAAUAUUUUAAUAUCAAAAACAUUGAAGUCAGUAACAACCCUCAUCGGCAUGCAAAUGUUUCCGUUUCCCCUCAGUCCCUUUAAAACUUUUAAACUUGCAUAUUCUGCAUUGCAGCAACUUAUUUUUCUCUAGAGAAGUUUAACUACUCGUCCCAUCUACAAGCAGGCGAAAGAGUCACAAUGACAGCAUGGCACUCGUGAGGUUGUAAGACAAUUUUCAACCUUUAUACAACUCACUUGCUGCCUGAACAAGUGCUUUUUAUUCAACAGAUCAAUGACAAAUUCAAAAGGGAACAAAUGUCAGCCAAAUUCAUGUAUGCAUGAGCCGAAUCUAAAUACACAGCUGAUAAUUACAGAAACAACACAAAUGCAACUGUAGUGAGAAAAGACAGGGUUUCAGCUUCACUCAGUGUGCUCUUUGCUCUGCUAUCCUGGGGGCUGUCAGAUGGUUCAGAGUGUCAGAUCCUCUGAGUUGGCCGUGUGACAUUUGUGUUGUGUUCACAUUGUGUACAGAUUUUUAUUUCACUGGUUUUUGCAGUACAGUCACAGCUACAGGACUAAAUGAAUCUGGAACUUGUCAUUAGUGAAGAUGCAAGGCACUAAAGUGUUCCUCAUGUUUUCAGGUUCGAGUGCGUGUGCGUGUACAGUGGGUCAUCACAAGCAUACUCUGGUGACCGAGCAUUACAUGAAAGCAUAUACUCACAUUAACAUAUAUACAAUUAAAUAGAAAAGGGGGGCAGGGUAGUCAUAGAAGAGCUUAGUAAAUGGCAGGAUCGUCUCCUGCAUGGUGAGAAGGAUACCAAUGACAACAAACCCUGCAAUUGCACUUUUUAUAUUCCUUUAACUACAUGUUGUUUAACAACCUUUAAUAAUAAUUACAGUGAAACAACAUCAAAAUCUGAUGGCUGAAUACAGGUCCAUAAAGAACAUUUGUUUUUAUUAAAUAUACGCAUACAAAAACAGACCACAGAGAGAGAACCCCAGACACUUGUGAUUUGAGACGUUAUGGCAAAAUGUCAUGAGCAAAGAUUUUUACGUGACGUGAAUUCACUAAACAACCUGUUCGUCAGUGUGCUGUGCACCAUCUGUGUCACAAACGGAGAAGUGGGGAAGCUAACACCGGAACAAACCAAAACUAUUCUACUUUGUGUGAUAUGAUGAGCAGGUUUUUAACUGAGUUAGGGGGUUUCAUGUGUCAACACAGGAUUCUUAAGAUUUCUUCAGUAAAAAAUAAGAAACAAAAAAAAAUCAAAACCCUCAACCUAGACAAUGACUAACAGCAGCAUUACCACUCAGGUUUCAUGCUCUGAACGGUGGUCAACACCUGGACAAUGUUUUUUAUGCGACAGCUCCACUUACUUCCACAUCUGACAUGAAGAAUAAAUCAGUUUAAUAACAAAGCUGUAUGAAUACAAUGACACCAGACUCUCACAGGGACAUAAAUAUGCUGAACACGGAAUCAUAACCCAGUGAAGAAAUAUCUAUGUACAGUAUGUUGAAUGUGUUUGGGGAUUAAGGCCACAGUUACAAGGGACAAUUUACUACUCUUUGCCAUUAUUGCAUUUACUUUAUAGGUAGCCACUGGGAUGUAUUCAUACUGCAACUCCAUCCAUUACACUCCUGUCUGACUUUCCAUUUCUUUCUUCUCCCGAUUCUAAUCGCAACACUUGACUAAUCCAUCUGAGAUGGACUAUCCCACUGCUAUCUUCCUCUGCGCUACCCCUCACUCUCUGAAAACUUCCAUCCCCAGUCACACAACCGGGUUUGAUGUUGACUAAUGUGCGAGUUUAUGGCGUCUUGGUUCAACCGCUUUCAGUCCUGACUUUGCUGGAAGUCAGGACCACCGGGACUCUUGACCAGAUCCCUCCUACCUCCCUUUUUUAAGGAAUGCGGACAUCUCAAAGUCUGCUCUGAAAAGACAUCUUUGGCUGUUGCUGACUUAGUCUUUAGGGUGUUACACCUUUAGACACGAUCAACAGACUCGUCACAGCUCUGUUCCACAGCUAAUGGCAGGCUAAGUGUGAGACUCUUGUGCUGUGGAAGUGUAUUGCACUCUCCCUCCAAUCGCCAGACAAACUUCAGUCCGUCUGAGAGGACUUGAACCACACAGGUCAAAUUGUAUGACAGAAAACAACACAGGAUAAAAGUUUAAUUAAAAAUAAAAUGCACAGUAUCCAGCCAGCUAACCAGCUAUGAGAGCUAGUGGUUCUCGUUCAUGACUGUCUGCCCUACGUGGCCCUUCAUCUCAGCCUGGACCCGGGCCCAGACUGGGCUAUGUGGGCCUCAGGUUGGACCCUCCUGGGGUGACUGAAUUGUGGGGGGCUGGUGUGGUUCCAAUGUGGUAGCCUUGGUGCAUGGAGACUGAAACUGUCGUUGGUGGCUGGUACUGUGUUAGUGGCUGUGGGGGAUUAAGCAUGCUGACCUGGCAGGUGCCCGUGGGUCCCGCCCACUGAGGAGUGCUGUAAGGGGGUGACGCGUAUCCAAAGCCCUGGGCAACAGGGCCCAGAGAGCCUUUACGGGGCCCCACAGCAACAGGAGGGUUGGUUGGAUUCUGGAGGUGAGAGGAGCUGGUGGAGGACGAUGUGUUGGAGGGCGUAGGAAGCGAUGGGCACAGAUACCCCGGGGCUGAGAAUUUACGGCCCAUAUUAGCAGGAGAGAUGAUCUGUGGUGGAAAUAAGAGAACGUGUUACUACAAUGUUACCAUAUUUAGUCAUAAUAUGCUCCAACAACAGGAUAGUUUCUACACUCAAAGUACUAAAUGUUUACAUCAUGUCCUAGCGUUGCCGGUGCUCCAGUUCGAGGACAUCUCUUGCCCUGGGAGAGGCUUUUGGCGUCCCUGGCCCAGUUAUCCACCAGCUGGUGCAGGUCAUCUGUGAAGGUGCCCUUGCCCUUCUGGUUCAGAGAGGCGGGAGGAGUGGGUCCACUUGCCUGGGUCAGAGAGGUGGAACUGUUCUGGUAGUGGCCUGAGCCGUUUGUGGAGCUUGUCCCACUAGGUCCUAAAAAAGGAGAAAUACGAUGUAAACUAGAGCAUGAAUUCAAGGGAUCGAUCGAACAGGCUCAUUGUGACAAGAUCAAUUGCUCACCUGUGGAGCAGCUACUUAGGCUGGGCAUGGAGGGGGAAGACCUUAACGACGGAAUGGACGGCCGUGUUUCUGCCUGUGAGGCUUCUAAUGUUUGAGAACUUUGCUUUGGAGGGGACUGAGAACUGUGAAGAUUCGGAGCCAAGGCCGGAGAUCCUGAACAUGUGAGCACAGUUUGGAGUCUUAGUGUUUGCAUCGUAACAAAAAAAACGUUCCCAUUGACAUCUAAGUCAGUAUUUCCCUUAUUCUAAGAAGCUGUGAUCUCACCUGAAUGGUUGGGGCUGGGCUGUCCACUGCUGCGAGUCGACUUGUGGCUUUUGCGCCUUCGUCGGCCUCCAGCCAUGGCGCCAGCAGGGGACAAGACGGAGGGCUG